AUGAGCCGCAAACUUCCCACGAGCACAGCCUUGGCGAGUGCAGCUCUCUCUGCCGCUCUCAAUGGCCCCAGCGCUGAGAGCCUCAAGGGGCAGAGUGUGUGUGUGUGUCGGAGGGGCAGAGUGUGUGCGUGUCGGAGGGGCAGAGUGUGUGCGUGUCGGAGGGGCAGAGUGUGUGUGUGUGUGUCGGAGGGGCAGAGUGUGUGUGUCGGAGAGCAGAGUGUGUGUGUGUCGGAGGGGCAGAGUGUGUGUGUGUCGGAGGGGCAGAGUGUGUGUGUGUCGGAGGGGCAGAGUGUGUGUGUGUCAGAGGGGCAGAGUGUGUGCGUGUCGGAGGGGCAGAGUGUGUGUGUGUGUGUCGGAGGGGCAGAGUGUGCGUGUCGGAGGGGCAGAGUGUGUGUGUGUGUGUCGGAGGGGCAGAGUGUGUGUGUCGGAGAGCAGAGUGUGUGUGUGUCGGAGGGGCAGAGUGUGUGUGUCGGAGGGGCAGAGUGUGUGUGUGUCGGAGGGGCAGAGUGUGUGUGUGUCAGAGGGGCAGAGUGUGUGCGUGUCGGAGGGGCAGAGUGUGUGUGUGUGUGUCGGAGGGGCAGAGUGUGUGUGUCGGAGAGCAGAGUGUGUGUGUGUCGGAGGGGCAGAGUGUGUGUGUCGGAGGGGCAGAGUGUGUGUGUGAGGGCAGAGUGUGUGCGUGUCGGAGGGGCAGAGUGUGUGUGUCGGAGAGCAGAGUGUGUGUGUGGGCAGAGUGUGUGCGUGUCGGAGGGGCAGAGUGUGUGUGUGUGUCGGAGGGGCAGAGUGUGUGCGUGUCGGAGGGGCAGAGUGUGUGUGUCGGAGAGUGUGUGUGUGUGUGUCGGAGGGGCAGAGUGUGUGUGUCGGAGGGGCAGAGUGUGUGCGUGUCGGAGGGGCAGAGUGUGUGUGUGUCGGAGGGGCAGAGUGUGUGCGUGUCGGAGGGGCAGAGUGUGUGCGUGUCGGAAGGGCAGAGUGUGUGUGUCGGAGGGGCAGAGUGUGUGCGUGUCGGAGGGGCAGUGUGUGUGUGUGUCGGAGGGGCAGAGUGUGUGUGUCGGAGAGCAGAGUGUGUGUGUGUCGGAGGGGCAGAGUGUGUGUGUGUCGGAGGGGCAGAGUGUGUGUGUGUCGGAGGGGCAGAGUGUGUGCGUGUCGGAAGGGCAGAGUGUGUGUGUCGGAGGGGCAGAGUGUGUGCGUGUCGGAGGGGCAGUGUGUGUGUGUGUCGGAGGGGCAGAGUGUGUGUGUGUCGGAGGGGCAGUGUGUGUGUGUGUCGGAGGGGCAGAGUGUGUGUGUGUCGGAGGGGCAGAGUGUGUGUGUGUGUCGGAGGGGCAGAGUGUGUGUGUGUCGGAGGGGCAGUGUGUGUGUGUGUCGGAGGGGCAGAGUGUGUGUGUCGGAGGGGCAGAGUGUGUGUGUCGGAGGGGCAGAGUGUGUGUGUCGGAGGGGCAGUGUGUGUGUGUCGGAGGGGCAGAGUGUGUGUGUCGGAGGGGCAGAGUGUGUGUGUGUGUCGGAGGGGCAGAGUGUGUGUGUCGGAGGGGCAGAGUGUGUGCGUGUCGGAGGGGCAGAGUGUGUGUGUCGGAGGGGCAGAGUGUGUGUGUCGGAGGGGCAGAGUGUGUGUGUCGGAGGGGCAGAGUGUGUGUGUGUCGGAGGGGCAGUGUGUGUGUGUCGGAGGGGCAGAGUGUGUGUGUGUCGGAGGGGCAGAGUGUGUGUGUGGAGGGCAGAGUGUGUGCGUGUCGGAGGGGCAGAGUGUGUGUGUGUGUGCGUGUCGGAGGGGCAGAGUGUGUGUGUCGGAGGGGCAGAGUGUGUGUGUGUCGGAGGGGCAGUGUGUGUGUGUGUCGGAGGGGCAGAGUGUGUGUGUGUCGGAGGGGCAGAGUGUGUGUGUGUCGGAGGGCAGAGUGUGUGGUGUCGGAGGGGCAGAGUGUGUGUGUGUGUCGGAGGGCAGAGUGUGUGCGUGUCGGAGGGGCAGAGUGUGUGUGUGUCGGAGGGCAGAGUGUGUGUGUGAGGGCAGAGUGUGUGUGUGUACCCAGUGAGAGCGAGGAGGAGCGGGCGAGAGGCCGGAGUGCACCGAGAUCCACUCUGCGUUGGUCGCCUCUGCGUCUCCUCAGGACGAGCGUCUCCAGUGGCAGGUGGCACGAGCGCAUCUGCGCGGCCUCUGGAGCAGGGAAGAUGGGUAGAAUCCAGCGCAGACCUGGGAAGAGUCUGAGCAGAGUGUGUGUGUCAGGAGCAGAGUGUGUGUGUCAGGAGCAGAGUGUGUGUGUCAGGAGCAGAGUGUGUGUGUCAGGAGCAGCGUGUGUGUGUGUCAGGAGCAGAGUGUGUGUGUCAGGAGCAGAGUGUGUGUGUCAGGAGCAGAGUGUGUGUGUCAGGAGCAGAGUGUGUGUGUCAGGAGCAGAGUGUGUGUGUCAGGAGCAGAGUGUGUGUGUCAGGAGCAGAGUGUGUGUGUCAGGAGCAGAGUGUGUGUGUCAGGAGCAGAGUGUGUGUGUCAGGAGCAGAGUGUGUGUGUCAGGAGCAGAGUGUGUGUGUCAGGAGCAGAGUGUGUGUGUCAGGAGCAGAGUGUGUGUGUCAGGAGCAGAGUGUGUGUGUCAGGAGCAGGUGUGUGUGUCAGGAGCAGGUGUGUGUGUCAGGAGCAGAGUGUGUGUGUCAGGAGCAGAGUGUGUGUGUCAGGAGCAGAGUGUGUGUGUCAGGAGCAGAGUGUGUGUGUCAGGAGCAGAGAGUGUGUGUCAGGAGCAGAGUGUGUGUGUCAGGAGCAGAGUGUGUGUGUCAGGAGCAGAGAGUGUGUCAGGAGCAGAGUGUGUGUGUCAGGAGCAGAGUGUGUGUCAGGAGCAGAGUGUGUGUCAGGAGCAGAGUGUGUGUGUCAGGAGCAGAGUGUGUGUGUCAGGAGCAGAGAGUGUGUGUCAGGAGCAGAGUGUGUGUGUCAGGAGCAGAGUGUGUGUGUCAGGAGCAGCAGUGUGUGUGUCAGGAGCAGAGUGUGUGUGUCAGGAGCAGAGUGUGUGUGUCAGGAGCAGAGUGUGUGGUGUGUCAGGAGCAGAGUGUGUGUGUCAGGAGCAGAGUGUGUGUCAGGAGCAGGUGGUGUGUGUGUGUCAGGAGCAGAGUGUGUGUGUCAGGAGCAGAGUGUGUGUGUCAGGAGCAGAGUGUGUGUGUCAGGAGCAGAGUGUGGUGUGUCAGGAGCAGAGAGUGUGUGUCAGGAGCAGAGUGUGUGUGUCAGGAGCAGAGUGUGUGUGUCAGGAGCAGCAGUGUGUGUGUCAGGAGCAGAGUGUGUGUGUCAGGAGCAGAGUGUGUGUGUGUGUCAGGAGCAGAGUGUGUGUGUCAGGAGCAGAGUGUGUGUGUCAGGAGCAGAGUGUGUGUGUCAGGAGCAGAGUGUGUGUGUCAGGAGCAGAGUGUGUGUGUCAGGAGCAGAGUGUGUGUGUCAGGAGCAGCGUGUGUGUGUCAGGAGCAGAGUGUGUGUGUCAGGAGCAGAGAGUGUGUGUCAGGAGCAGAGUGUGUGUGUCAGGAGCAGAGUGUGUGUGUCAGGAGCAGAGUGUGUGUGUCAGGAGCAGAGUGUGUGUCAGGAGCAGAGUGUGUGUGUCAGGAGCAGAGAGUGUGUGUCAGGAGCAGAGUGUGUGUGUCAGGAGCAGAGUGUGUGUGUCAGGAGCAGCGUGUGUGUGUCAGGAGCAGGUGUGUGUGUGUCAGGAGCAGCAUGUGUGUGUGUCAGGAGCAGAGUGUGUGUGUCAGGAGCAGAGUGUGUGA